AUGUCGAAUCAUGGGUUCCUCGUUCCUGAUUCAUAUGUCUUUCAUGUCCCAAACGAUGUCGAUAUGAAUCUGUCGAGCAUCUUUUGGGGAUUCUCUUUUGCUGUUGCAUUAUUCUCUGCACUCCACGCGGGAAGCCAGUCUCUCCAAACUUGGAGAAGAAAGCACAGCGUGACAGCAUACAUUGCUAUGAUCUGGGCCGAAUGGGCUGCAAGUAUCGUUAUCGGCGCCGUUGCAUGGUCCUUCCAGCGUCAAUACGUCAAACCAAGCUUCCAGUUGUUCUUUAUCACAGCGUGCUUCUGGUCUCUUCAGAUCCAGCUUCUCAUGCAAAUCAUUAUCAAUCGUAUCGCAUUUCUUAUACCCGCCCGCCGUUCAGUGACUCGCUUGAAAUGGGGAGUCUUCCUCCUGCUUCUGCUGGUUAAUAUCAGUGUCUUGAUUAUCUGGAUCCCGGCUCAGCUCCAGAUAUCACCCCGGUGGAUUUUAAUUAACGAAAUCUGGGAUAGAUGCGAAAAGGGGAUUUUUGCCAUUGUUGAUCUAUCCCUGAACCUGCGCUUCAUAUUCUUGGUUCGGUCACGUUUGAUCAGCUACGGACUCGAGAAAUAUGUUCCUCUGUUUCGUUUCAACUGUGUGAUGAUAUGCAUUUCCAUCUCGCUUGAUAUUGCUUUAAUAGGGCUCAUGUCGUUGCCGAGCAAGCUUGUAUAUCUUCAAUUUCAUCCUGUGGCAUACUUGAUCAAGCUGUUCAUCGAGAUGAACAUGGCCGAUCUCAUUGCAAAAGUGGCCAGGGAGCCCAACCACAAUGCGAUCGGGAGGCAUAGCCAAGGAUACACAGGAAGAUACAGGCUAUCUAUGAAUCGGCCGCCUGUGUUUGCGAGACCCAACAUGGUUCAUGUAUCAACUAGAAAGAGUAGUGUGCUUGAAGUGGAGGCGGCCCACGACGUGUAUCCUUCAAACGAGGGCAUUCAUGUUACUGUCGAGACUGCUGUAACUCGAAAGUCACUGGAUAAGGGAGACGACAGUACAAGUCAAAGCAGCUUGACUCGAGGCAUCUAGAGGGUAGUCAAAGAUGUGUCAUUUGCAGUUGAGACCUGUGACUGAGAGG